AUGUGUUGGGAUUGUUAUGAUGAAUAUUACGAAGAAGAUCCAUAUUGUCCAGCGUGUUAAGCAGAACUCUAAUCUGAUUAUGAAGAAGAAACUCCACCAAAAAAAGUAGUUCCAAAAAGAGUAAGUCCUGGACCAAGUAUUAAUAAUAUAAAUAAUAAUAAUAUUAUAAAUGGUAAUAGUGGUAAUAAUUAGAAAAAAUACAAUAAUAGUUAUAAUAAUUAUUCUUAUGGAGAAUUAUAAAAAGUACGUGUUAUUAAAAAAAACUUGGUAUAUGUAAUUGGAUUAUCACCAGAAAUAUCUAAUUAAGAUACUUUAAUGAAAAAAGAAUAUUUUGGUUAAUACGGAAAAAUAACUAAAAUAGUUGUAAAUACUUCCAAAGCAUAUAACCCCCAAGGCCCUAAUGGUCCUUCGUAUUCUGCUUAUAUAACAUUUUAAUCGGAAAAAGAGGCUUCAAUGGCUAUAUUAGGUAUAGAAGAAUAUUGUAUAAACGAUAGAAUAAUAAGAGCUUCAUAUGGAACAACAAAAUAUUGUGUUUAAUUUUUAAAAUAAUAAGAAUGCCCAAAUUUAUAAGAUUGCUUAUAUUUACAUUAAUUCGAAAACGAUAAAGACUGUUUUUGUAAAGACGACCAAAUUUCAAAUAAAAAUAUUUUUAUUGAUUAAUAAAGACUAGCAAUAAAAAAUAUACAAAAAUAUGUCCCUGAUUUGAUAAAAUUAAGAGCCUAACCAACUACAUAUACCCCAGUAUUGCCCUCUCCUUAAAUGGUAAUAGAAAAAUUAAUAGAAUAGGAUGUAAUUGACCUUACAAUAACAAAUUAAGUCCCAUAAACACUAACAUAGUAAUAAUAACAAUCUUAAUAACCUCAAUAAACUCAAUAACCUCAACAAUAAGAAGAAGACUCAAAAUAAUAUUUAUAUGAUAUAUACAAUAUAGAUUAUUUAAUAUAUUUAAUGGAUAAAGAAAAAAUAAACAUAAUAAAACAAAAAUUUGAUUAAUUCGAUAAAAAAGGAGUAGAUAUAGUGGAAUUUCUUAGAAUUCUUUUAAAUUCAUUUGAAUUAAAAAAUUAAGAAAUACUAUAUUUUAGUCUUGCAGUAAUUGAUUUAUUUAAAGAAAUUUCAGAAAAAAGAGGCCUUCCAUAAUUUAUAGUAUUUAGUGACUUGACAGAAUAUAUAUGUGAUUAUUUUGUUGAUAAAAAUAUUACUACAUAUUUAUUACCAACUGUAAAAAUGCCUGAAUAGAAAAAAUAUAAACUACAAAAUUAAUAAAUAAGACAUAUAGAUAUUAAUCCUUCAAAAAUAUAUGGAAAAAAUGAAGAAGGAAUUCGUAGUCUUUUGCCGAAUACGCUUAUAACAAAUUCCUAAAAAAACAAUAAUUAUAACAUUAUUAUGGGUUAUUAUUCUGAAGAUUUGAAACGAAUCAUUAUAUUAAAUUCUUUAACAAAUUAUAUAAGUAUAUAUACAUUAAAUUGUAAACUUGCUUAAAAAAUAUCUUUAACAAAUUCAAAAGAAAAAGAUUCUAUUAUAAUGGCUUUUGCUUAUUCUGAAUAAUAAUAAAGAAUUGGAGCCUGUUUAAAAGAUGUUUCAUUAGCAUUUUGGGAUAAAUAAGGCGAUUUUUAAUCUUAAAAAAAUUUUAGUAUUAGUAAUUUUACUACUGAAUAUUAAAUAAAUAUAUGGUACUUACCUUCAUAUAAAUACUGGAUAACUACCGAUAAAUAAAACUGUAUAAAUAUAUGGGACAUAGAUAACGAGAAGUUAUAUUAAUAAUUAAAGCCUUAAAACAUCUAAGAUACAAUAAUAAACAUAAUAGAAAUUUCUCAUCUUCGUUUAGUUGCUGUCGGUUCUUCUGAUAAGAAAAUAACAAUAUGGAAUUUUAAAAAGUUCAUCUAAAUAUUGUAAAUACCUUUAAAUCCUUAAGGAAUCCAUCAUAUAGUAUACAAUUAUCAUUUUCAAUGUAUUUUAACCUGCGGGUACGAAAACAGUAUUUCCAUAUUUAAAAUAAACCCUUAAUUUUUCGAUUUCGAUGAGAUCGGUAAAUUAAUAGGACAUUCCUCAAUGGUCACUUCAUUUUAAAUAAUUCCUGAAAACCCUAUGGUAGUAUCCUCAGAUGAUAAUGGAAUAAUUAAGAUCUGGGACAUUCGAUCACUGAAAUGCUUACAAACAAUCGAAAUAAUGACUAAAUCUAGCAUAACAAACAUCCUAUAUAUAGAAUCAAAGAACUCCUUAUGUUUCCUAAACGCCCGUCUUAAUAUAAUGAAAUUCGACGAAUGCAAGACAAAAAAUACCGAAGAAUUCUACCCCAUAAAAAUCGACUAUAAUUCCUACAAAAAGCACAUUAUAAUUUCCACUAGAAAAGAUCUAAGAUUCCUUGACAUAAAAACCGGCAAAAUCCAUAAAAUAUUCACUGGUCUUCUCAGUGAUCCUGAUACCGAAAUUUCCUCAUUUUCCCCAUUUAAUUAAUUCCAGUAAUUUAUUCUUGGAGACCAAAAAGGACUUCUUUCUUUACACAAUAUAUCCAAUGGUGAAAUCGUGCAGAAUUUAAAUUCACAUAUGUAAGAUGUUUCCCAUAUAAAAAUAGACCAUUUGAAUAAAUUAAUAAUAUCCUCUUCUUUCGAUUCUUCUAUUCUCCUCCAAAAGCAGACCACGACCUAAAAUUUCGAACUCUAAAGAUCAAUAAUAAACGCUAAUUUUAAAAAAUAAAUCACUCUUUUAGAAUUCUCUGUUUUCCAUAAUAUCUUCUUGACCUCUUCCUAGGGAGAUAAUCGUAUUUAUGUAUAUGACUAUGAAUACUUUAAGCUUAUAUCUAUAAUUUAACUCCAAGAAAAUACUGAACCUACAUCCUUUUCAUUUAUAAAUGGCUAUUAAAUAUUAUUAAUUUCAACUAAUUUUUCCAAAAUUUAUAUUUUGAAAUUUCAAUUGAAAUCCUUUAAAAUUUCCUAUUAAAUUCUAGACGAAAUCACAGUAGAAAAAAAAAUUAUAAAUGAAGAUUAUUUCUAGUACAAAACUCCUAGACCUUCAUUUUCUUAAAAAUAAACUAAAAUAAAUCAACUCGAAAAAACAAUAACAAAACUCACCCUUUUUCUCUCUACAAAUCUUGGAAAAGUCCUCGUAUAUACCCCUUCUCCUUCUUUUUUCACUUAACCUCAUCUCCCUUCCUCUGCCUAAUCUUCCAAACCUAAUUAUAAUGCAUUCCGGAAUACUUUUGAGGAUUUCUUCCACUAAAUCAAGUCAUUUUGUUUCGUUGAAAAUACUUUUUAAAUUCCCAACAGUACCUAAGAUCCAUUAUUCACCCUUUCAAACUCUUUCCAUGCACAUAAAGAGUCUCUUACAUGUUUCUAAUUCAUAGAGUUAGACCAUAAAUAUAUUCUAACGUCCUCUAUUGACCAAUACAUCCGUAUUUUUACUAAAAAAGGUGAGCUAAAAGCAAGUUUGAACAUUAACCAUCCAGUUCCAAUUUUUUGGGAGAUUUAAGAAGAAAACACAAAUAAUUUAAGAACGAAGCUUUUUUACACUUUGAAAAUUUUAAAAAUAUUACAUUAAAAAAAUAUUUUACAAAACUAAACUUCAUUUAGCUAUUUUUAGAAAAUCUAUAAAAAAAUACCUGCUGUAUAUAAUAAAAUACUCAGAAAAUCGAAAAAAUGAGAGAUUUAUAUUCUCCAAGAGACCUUUAAUUUGAAAAAACAAAGGCUUUUUUUUAAAAUGAAAUGAGAGGAUUUUCCCUAAAAUAAAUGGAGGCAAAAAAAAGACUCGAAAAUUUGACUUUAAAUAAUUAGGUUUAAAAAACAUAAAAUUAUGUAGAAAUUAAUAAAUAGAAAAAAAAUAUUGAAAAUAUUUUGUUUUUAUCAAAUAAUUUUAGAGAAAAAGUAUUAUAAAAUUAACCUUUUGGACAUGAUUUUUCAGCAAAAACAUAUGAAUUAUCCAAAAAAUUAUCAACUUUUGAAAUAAAUAAUUUAAAAAAAAAAGUAAUUAAGAUCUUAGUGAUUCUGCACAAAAAAAACAAAAAAA